GACGUCAAUGACUGCUAGUGAUUGGUCCUAAACCCGUAUCCGGUGGGGCAGCGGUCCAAGGAUUUGGAAAGUCGAAGGGAGAAAUUUGGUACGCUUGUGGAAAUAACAUCCAAACCGAGUCAGUGACGAAGGGCUCGGUAAGAAUUCGCGGGUUCUUUUCAAAGGUCAGAUUUGUUUACCAGGUCGUAGCGGAGCAGGAGCACAUCGUGAUGGCGUCGAGCAGUACGAGCAGUGAAGAGGAGAGGAGUCUGAGGGAGUGUGAGCUCUACGUGCAGAAACACAACAUCCAGCAGUUGCUGAAGGACUGCAUCGUCCAGCUGUGUACCUCCAGGCCUGACAGACCCAUGGCAUUCCUCAGAGAGUACUUUGAGAGGCUGGAGAAGGAGGAGGCCAAGCAGAUCCUAAACCAGCAGAAGGCCAGCAGCCGUUCUGACUCCAGGGAUGAGGAGGUGUCUCCUCCCAUGAACCCCGUUGUCAAGGGUCGCCGGCGGAGAGGAGCCAUCAGCGCUGAGGUCUACACAGAGGAGGACGCUGCAUCCUAUGUCAGAAAGGUCAUUCCUAAAGACUACAAAACAAUGGCUGCCCUGGCUAAAGCUAUCGAAAAGAAUGUGCUUUUCUCUCACUUGGAUGACAACGAGAGGAGUGACAUAUUUGAUGCCAUGUUUUCAGUUACCUACAUCGCUGGAGAGACUAUCAUUAUGCAAGGUGAUGAGGGGGAUAAUUUCUACGUCAUCGACCAAGGAGAGACGGAUGUGUAUGUCAACAAUGAGUGGGUGACCAAUAUCGGGGAGGGGGGCAGCUUUGGAGAGUUGGCCCUGAUAUACGGGACCCCCAGGGCUGCCACCGUCCGAGCCAAGACCAACGUCAAACUGUGGGGCAUCGACAGAGACAGCUACAGGAGGAUACUCAUGGGCAGCACUUUGAGGAAGAGGAAGAUGUACGAGGAGUUCCUCAGCAAAGUCUCCAUCUUAGAGUCUCUGGACAAAUGGGAGCGUCUGACGGUGGCUGACUCUCUGGAGCCGGUGCAGUUUGAUGACGGACAGAAGAUCGUGGUGCAGGGAGAGCCUGGCGACGAGUUCUUCAUCAUACUGGAGGGUUCUGCAGCUGUGUUGCAGCGUCGCUCUGAGAACGAGGAGUUUGUGGAAGUUGGGAGGUUACAACCGUCUGACUACUUUGGUGAGAUUGCCCUGCUGAUGAACCGUCCCCGUGCUGCCACUGUGGUCGCCCGCGGUCCUCUGAAGUGUGUGAAGCUGGACCGACCGCGGUUUGAGCGUGUCCUGGGACCCUGCUCGGACAUUCUCAAACGCAACAUCCAACAGUACAACAGCUUCGUGUCACUGUCUGUCUGAGGGGUUUUCCCACCUCCUGUACCCCCUAAUCCUCUUUGUAACCCCAGAACACCCCCUGUACCCCCUAAUCCUCUUUGUAACCCCAGAACACCUCCUGUACCCCCUAAUCCCCUUUGUAACCCCAGAACACCCCCUGUACCCCCUAAUCCCCUUUGUAACCCCAGAACACCUCCUGUACCCCCUAAUCCCCUUUGUAACCCCAGAACACCUCCUGUACCCCCUAAUCCCCUUUGUAACCCCAUAACACACCCCACCCCCUAAUCCCCUAUAACACCAUAACACAUCCCCUACCCCUGUACCCACCCCCUAAUCCCUUAUGUAACCCCAUAACACAUCCCCUACCCCUGUACCCACCCCCUAAUCCCGGAUGUAACCACAACGCCUCCCCUACCCCUGUACCCACCCCCUAAUCCCCUAUGUAACCCCAUAACACAUCCCCUACCCCUGUACCCAACCCCUAAUCCCGGAUGUAACCCCAUAACGCAUCCCCUACCCCUGUACCCACCCCCUAAUCCCGGAUGUAACCCCAUAACGCAUCCCCUACCCCUAAUCCCGGAUGUAACCCCAUAACGCAUCCCCUACCCCUAAUCCCGGAUGUAACCCCAUAACGCAUCCCCUACCCCUAAUCCCGGAUGUAACCCCAUAACGCAUCCCCUACCCCUAAUCCCGGAUGUAACCCCAUAACGCAUCCCCUACCCCUAAUCCCGGAUGUAACCCCAUAACGCAUCCCCUACCCCUAAUCCCGGAUGUAACCCCAUAACGCAUCCCCUACCCCUGUACCCACCCCCUAAUCCCGGAUGUAACCCCAUAACGCAUCCCCUACCCCUGUACCCACCCCCUAAUCCCGGAUGUAACCCCAUAACGCAUCCCCUACCCCUGUACCCACCCCCUAAUCCCGGAUGUAACCCCAUAACACAUCCCCUACCCCUGUACCCACCCCCUAAUCCCGGAUAUAACCCCAUAACACAUCCCAUACCCCUGUACCCACCCCCUAAUCCCGGAUGUAACCCCAUAACACAUCCCCUACCCCUGUACCCACCCCCUAAUCCCGGAUGUAACCCCAUAACACAUCCCCUACCCCUGUACCCACCCCCUAAUCCCGGAUGUAACCCCAUAACACAUCCCCUACCCCUGUACCCACCCCCUAAUCCCGGAUGUAACCCCAUAACACAUCCCCUACCCCUGUACCCACCCCCUAAUCCCGGAUGUAACCCCAUAACACAUCCCCUACCCCUGUACCCACCCCCUAAUCCCGGAUGUAACCCCAUAACACAUCCCCUACCCCUGUACCCACCCCCUAAUCCCGGAUGUAACCCCAUAACGCCUCCUCUUUUAGAACCAGGGUCCACCAAUGCGAUUUUGCUUCAAUGUCACUUAAAAUGAUCUUCCAUUUGCUUUGACUUUUUUUUUUACUCAUCUAAAUGUUACGCUACCCAUCACCUAGCUAUUAUAGUCACCUAUAGGAGCACAGUUAUGUUACAGUUUAAAUGUACCAAAUUCAUAUGGUAUGCUUUCACUGCAUUCACUGAAAUCUAGAAUUGUUUUCCUCUAGUUUAAACACGAGCAGUGAUUAGUAGGGGAUUGGCCGAGGUUAGGACAGGCCAUUGAUAAGAUGGGACAAUCAAACGUAACAUGGUGAAGUAACAGUCCAUGCUGAAUAUUGUUCAGAUAUUUUUAACUAGUUCGAUUCCAAUAAAAAUGUGUCAAUGUUGACAUCCUUACAAAAUAAUUCAUAAAAUUGUACUUUUUAGAAUUAGAAGAAUGCUGGGAGCAUAAUGAUUGCAUCUAAUUUCUUACGUAGCUUCCAUGCAAUGAUAAUCAAUGGUUAUCCUCCAUUGUUACUGUACAUUAAAUCGCAGACAUUUUCACAUUUUCUCAUUGUUUCCAUUGAUUGGUCCAUCAAUCCAAUUCACUGUUAUUUUAUCUAGUUUGAGAGUUUGUACAACUGAAUGCAACCAGAAAGUUUUCUGUUGGACAGCUACCAAACUAGUGCUAAAUGUUAGUAAUUGUUUUGCACUACUCGGAACGCAUAGAAGAUUCUUAUUAUGUCAGAAGCAGUGGAACUCAAAACAGGAAGUAUCACCAUGUUAACACACCUCUGAUUUGUUGGUACAUUAUUGGCUACAAUAGGGGGGGAAAGAUUAUUAAAUGGUUUUCAGUAUUCAGCAUUUUUCAGUAUACACCAAAUAACUUAAUCGCUAUGUUUUUAAACAGAAUUAUUAUUGUAGUUAUGACAAUUAAAGUUAUUGUUAUCUUUAUUGACUGAACAAACUAAUGUUAUGGCUAUGGUUUGGAAAGAUGGUAAAGUUAAGUAUGUUUAAAUGUCUUUUUGUAAAUGCUUAUUUUUCCAUAAAUUCUAUUUUAGGUGUUCAGUGUAAAUAAAUGCUUAUUCUUGUCAACCGAAAAAACAGUAUGUGACAGUCAUGGGUUAACCUCUUAAAAGUAGGCGAAAGGGCUUUUAAAGUAAAUAACAUAAAUCUGAAUUGUAGAUGGUUUUAAGACUUAAUUAUUUAUGUAUUUGAGCGCAAAAGUUAAAAAGCGUAAGAAAGCAUCCCAACUGUGGUAAUUCAGACAUCAGAUUAAAUUGUCAUGAGUUUUACGAUUAUAUCUUUAUUUUAAAGCAGCUUCGCUGUUAAAGCAUAGUGAAAAUUAUUUUAAUGUGUUUUUGAAACAAUCUGUUAUCUACUCUAUGCCUACCUACAACAUAGUGUAAAGUAAUGAAAUGGUAUUCUCAAACUGCCCCUGUCGAUCAAACAACAGUUGGUCAUUCACUACCAGCUUCACCCCUUGAAUCUUAAGAACACAUGUCAUUAGCUAUUUUUCUUCUAACUCCUGCAGAAAUCUAUAGUCUAAGUUGUAUUCCUGUUCAUUCCUGCCUCACAGCUUGCACCACACCCCUUUCUAACAGAAAGGACCCUUACAUACAGUAAUGCUUUUACCCCUUUCUGAGAUAUUGUCUUUGUUUAGGCUCUUUCAUGUUUCCAAUUUUAAUCUUAUGUACAAAACAGUAUGGCUGGCUGGAUGGAUGGACUUGUGUAACCGUAUGUAUGUUCAAAACCAAUCAACAUGAUACUGAGUCGAUUGCAGUGUUGCCUACUUGGUCCAAAACUUUUGUAUUGCUUUCAGAUUGUUGAUGUUCUGGAAUAUUGCAGGUGUCUAUUUGCAGUUCACAACCCACCAGUGGUUUGCUGGUGUUUCUUCACAUAAAAGUACUGAUAUGGUAAAACACAUCACAAGAUUAAUGCUCACUAGUAGGCACACUGCAAUCCACCUGGUUUGCCUUAGCUUAUGUAACCUGGGCGUAGACACUCCUGCUAGCCUGACCUUCAGCAAGUUUGCGGGGCCUGCAGCAGGCUCUGAGAGCUGCAGGUCAUCUGAGGACCAUUCUUUUUCUAUUCUACCCAAUGAGUGUACUCUGUUUGACUUCCUGUAUGUGCAAAGACGUUUAUCCUUUUGGUAUAGAUUGUUCCAGAUGGCAGUUUAAGCAAUAAAAAGGUAAAAUUA